AUGUCCUCACUCAGAGGGAAAGAGCAACAGUUAUUUGAUCAGGCCAUAAGGUACCAACUCGACAUAAUUGGGCUCUCGUCAACUAAGCACCAAGGCUCUGGAAUCCUGAACUACUGCGGGUGGAAGCUAUUCUACUCAGGUGUCCCAAUCACAACGUGCGCUCAAGCCGGUCCCGGUGUUCUGAUAGAACCCAACCUGGCUGAUAGAAUCGUUGAACAGAAGCCUAUCAUCCUGCUAAAGUUAGAACUGGCUAAAGCACUGACCCUUUUGAGCGGAGAAUAUGAGUCUUUCUGGAUCAGGUAUGUGCUCCAAAGCGCCGAAAGGCCCUUAUGCUCAUGGGUGAUUUUAAUUUGCAUGUCGGAGCAGACACUGAAAAAUAAGAAGCUGUGA